GCCCCGCCCACUCUGACUCCUCCCACUGAUGAUGGCCUGUAUGUCCCAAACACAGGACGAAAACAAAUUUCGUGUGCUCUGUUAGCGACGACUGAUCCGUUCAUCCUUCCACUGACUGCUCAGCCGCAGACGAAGAUGGUUUCUCCGGUCACUGUGGUCAAGAGCGAGGGUCCAAAGCUUGUUCCGUUCUUCAAAGCCACUUGCGUCUACUUUGUUCUGUGGCUACCCACCUCGAGCCCCUCCUGGUUCAGUGCCCUCAUCAAAUGUCUGCCCAUCUUCUGUCUCUGGGUUUUUCUGCUCGCCCAUGGCAUCAGCUUUUUAGGUGCCCACUCCAGUGCCAGGAAAAUCCUGGCAGGACUUAUAUUUUCUGCUUUGGGUGACGCAUUUCUCAUCUGGCAAGAACAAGGCUACUUUAGUCAUGGACUGUUUAUGUUCGCCAUCACCCACAUUCUCUACUCUUCGGCCUUUGGGAUGAAGCCCCUCAACUUGAGAGCAGGCCUGAUCAUUGCUGUCAUGUCAGGCUUCAGCUACACCCUACUGUACCCUUACCUCUCUGGUCCCUUCACCUACCUGGUGGCUGUUUACAUUGCUCUCAUUGGCUUCAUGGGCUGGAGGGCCAUCGCUGGAGUCCAGCUCGCCAAUGACCUCUGGACCUGGACGAAACUGUCUGCCUGCCUCGGAGCCGUCCUCUUCAUGGUGUCUGACCUCACCAUUGCUGUCAACAAGUUCUGCUUCCCAGUGCCCCACUCUCGAGCCAUCAUAAUGGCCACCUACUAUGCUGCCCAGAUGUUGAUCGCACUGUCGGCUGUGGAAUGUCAAGAUGCCGAUGCGGCUCGAAAAAGAGCCUGAGGAGCUGCAUAUUAACCAACCUUCCCCUAAUAAUUCAACAUUGUUAGCAGCUACACAGGUUCAAGUUCCACUUUCUGCAACCCCUGGUCCAUCCACAGUUCCCCUGUCUGACCAUGGCCGGGAAAUAUUGGUUAUAGUUGAGGAAUUGGCAGUUUAAGAUCACGUGAGACCAAAACAAUGGGAGAAUUCUUUGCUGGAUUCAUGUACAAGGUUGGAUAGUCUUGAACUCUUUGUCAGGUUGACUCUUGACUAAGUCAGGUCUCUUCCCAUAAUUACAAUACUGCAUUUGUGUUUCCUCUAGUAGUACCAUCAUUUUGGUAUUGAGAAAGGAAAGACAGAUGAGGUUUGGCCUUCUAGUUACUAGAUCCAAAUAUUCAGAUUUUCCCAACUUACCCAACUUACUUUCCCAUUAAGUGUUGUCUCCAUUUCGACAGAGACUAUCCCAGUGUCCUCUCAAUGGCUUUGAUAUCUUGUCCACUUCAGAGAGUCCCUGAUGGCUUAUAUUGUGAACAAAGAGUGAGUCUUGAGCGACAUAGUGUUUGUCUCUAUAAUGGACUAGCAAACAAUACAAAGUGAUUCAGACUUUGAGAUUUCCCAAAUCUAAUCAGAGAGCAGCAUGAAAACCAUUCAAUACUAUAGCAGACAUGUUAGCGUAAUGCUGCUGUAUAGCCUUGUCAUAGCAUUGUGAGGUAUACCUUAUCCUGUGUCACUGACACAUUGAAAAGUCAUUUUGUUUCAUAACUUGAGUUAGUACACAGACCUCCUUGCCUACAUACACAUGGGCUGGAGAAGUUGUCUUGUCAUGCCCAAUUGACUGCAACCAGUGCUAGCCUUGUCUCUGGAGUAGAUGAAGCCCGUAUCCUACACUUCAUUCUGAGACGUGACCAAUAACAAUAGGAAGACACAGCUCAAGACUCAUAAAAAUGGAUGUCGGUAUCUUUCUUGGAGGGAAUUUGGUGACAGAGUGUUAUCUUUCAAGCUUCCAACCACUUUCCUUUGUCUAUUGCCAGUAGGAAACAUUUUACUCAGGGGAAAGUGGGAAGCCCUGUGUCGUCAGCUUUAGAUUAGCCUGUAUUUUAGUUUUAAGACAGUGAUUUUUUUUUCUCAUCUCAUUCACUUCUAUUCCUUCACCUGAAAAUGUGUGAAUAUAUCACAGCAUGACUGAGUGAAAAUUUGACAGCGUGUGGAUAUUCCACAGUACAGUGUUUUUUGUGUGUGGUACUGUGCUUUAUUAGCCGAGUCACAUACUAGGGUGAAUCACAACAUAUUGUUGAAGUAAUAUUUCACUACAAAAUACAAAAAGUAUUUAUUUUGCAUAAAGAAAAUGUCUAUUUUAGUGUAAUUUUUGUACUCUACUUUUGUUGUGAUGAGAUUUUUUCUCCUUAUGGUGCAACAAAAACUAAAUUGAUAAGUAAUAUACAAUUUAAAUAUAAUUGUUUUUACAUUAUGUUGAUGUUAAUUAAUCCAGAAUUAAUUAAUAAGGACUUAAUUAACAUCAUAAAUAUCAAUAUCAGCCUAUACAAUUGUACUAAACUAGGCUUCAUUUUGUUUAUGCAAAAUAUUCAACUAUAAACAUUAUUUUCUUUGGAUUUUGGGGUGAAAUAUGACCAGGACAUUUUCUUGACAGGCUUUGUGAGAUUUAACACAAACACCACAUGUACUGUAUUUCUUAUCAAUUGAUUUGAACUGAUUGUUGUUGUUUUUAAUAUAAAUCUCAAUAAGGGAUCAUCAGCUGAACCAUCAGUCAUGGAAAAAACAGCUUGGGCUGAUAUGUGCUCAGCUGUUGUAUCCUCAGGUGUGAGUGGAAAUGAGCUUUAAAUGUAAACACAGCUGAUUACUCAACAGUGGUCCAUUGUGAAGUGAUAUAACCUGGUCGUGAUGCAGUAUCCAAUGGUGGAAUGGCAGUAGACUCCAUUUUUCUUGUUUUUAAUGUGAAUGAAAAUGGUGCACUUGGGUACACACUUAGGUAAGUUCAGUUUUUCAUUCAAAGACUUAUUUUCAUUCACAUCAAAAUAACUAAGGUGUCUACCCAACCCUGUUGGCCAUUGCGUCCAGCAUACUGUUACGCACAUAAAUGCUAUUGUCAUUAUCAGCAUGCACACAGCUGAACCGCUGAGCUCGUGAGAAAAAGCAAGGCUAUUUUGACAUAUUUGCUUAUUGCCAAGUUUCAUAGCUUCCCUAUUCAGUGUCACAUUGUCAGCAAUAUUUCAGCUUAGUCGAAAAAUCGUACGUGAUUUGCAAGGUCAUCAAACAGCAUGUCUCUUCAGAGCCAUUGUGUGUCAAGCUACAAAUCGGUUUUGUGUUGUGAAGGUCUGCGGUGGAACGACAUUUUGAGUGAAGUUAUAAUUGUUCGUUUGAUGCUUUUCAUGAAAAUAAGAGUUAGAAAGAUCCCAGAGUCUUCCCCUGAAUCACAUUUUCGGGGCAAACACAGACUUUUUUUUGUGAUUCAGUGAUUAAUUUUUUAGUGAUGGCAGUUUAAGUCAGUAUUCCUGCUUAGCAUUUCUUUUCUUCCUAGUUUACAACCUGCUGUCACCUCCCAGAUGGUUAGAAUUUGACCUCGCCUGGUCGUUUCCUUGCGAAUUCCAUGGAGGAGAACAGGUGCCUUCUGUUUCCAUCGAUGAAAUGCUGUCUGUCGAGAAGUGUGGAGACUGGCACGGGGAAGAUUUCCUUUCCAUCUGGCUUUGCUUUAGCUCGCAACCUUAUUCAAUUGUUAGUGAGCGGGAUCGUUUUACCCCUUCUGUCAGCGCUUGUGAGUUUGAUGCUUUUGUGUCGAGUCAAGGGGGGAUGAAACAGAAUGCUGGGAGUUCAGUGGGUUCAGUAUUAAUGACAGUGUUUAGGUAUAUAGCCGUCCUGCUGUUAAAGAUAACGAGGAAUAACCCACUUGGUUGAGGGAUUUAAAUAUCUGCACUUUUCCAAUUUAUCUCUUUAUUACCUUCCUGAAAUUUUUGGGCUUGAGGGUUGAAACAUGCUCUACGCAAAUGCUUGACGCAUUUCCCAAAACCUGAUAUUGUGCAUAACUGCGUUCCCAAAUGUCAGUCUACAGUUGUGAUGCAAGUUUGUGCUGCAUUCUCAACGUCGCCACAAGGGGCACUAUGAUCUGUUUUUUUUUUUCUUUCACAUUAACCACUGUUAUGGAAGAGCUACAGUUUAAAGAGCAUCUUACUGAGGAAUUUAAAUAAUGACGUAUAUAGCUCGCUACCUGAAUAAAGGGUGUUCACACCAAGAACGAUAACUGUAUCGGUAACGCUGACAAUAUUAGCGUCCGCACCAACAGACGAUAACAUUCUGUUUACUAUAAUCUAACGCUGCAGUUUUGUCAUCUGCUGCUUUAAAUGCUCAAGUUCUUUAAAGUCACAGAUUCUGAUUGAAGGUCAAUGUUUUUAUCAUUCUUCAGGUGGGAAAAAAUUGUUUUGAAAGUUCUUCUGUGCUGUAGAAUUUAAACGAUUAUUUAAGCUUUAUAGUUACAGUUAUCGUCCCUUGUGUGAACGGCCCUGUACUUGCGUACAGUAAAUUUCUGGCCUUACAGUGGUGUGCAAUAGUUUCGUACCCUGUGGAUGAAGUUUUCAACGAUUUUGAGUUUUCAAUCUUCUGUCCUCUUUCAAUUCAAACUUAUUUUUGCGUCACAAUAUAGGGCGCCAUAUACAUGCACUUUGCAAGAGAGGUUAGCAUACUCCUUUUUCCUACGAUUGUUGCCAUCUUAUUUUACUAAAAUAAAAGAUUUGUUCGUAAAUCUAGUGAGCUUACCAUACUGUCUUCUGUCUAAAUCAGCAGCUGCCGCCUUAUAUGUGAGAUCGAACAUCUGUAACAGGAGACUUGUAUUAGCAUGUUGCUAAGCUAACACAAUAGCAUGCCACUACUCUCCCAAUAGACCGAUUUGUUUUGCUUGAGCUCAUGUUUAUUGAUGCGUUUUCAGUAUUGAGUGAAAUUUGAAUAUUUAUAUUUAACAUUUCUUUCGACUUGUACUACAUCUUGGAUUUAUUUUUUACACAGUGCAUUCUGGGAUUGUCUUAUCUGUAAAAGAUACUUACAGUGCUGGUUUAAAGUUUGUCGUGGUUGUCAUUCUUCACAGCAGGCAUCUGUGAUGCCUUGAAAUGCUGUCUAGAUAGGCAGGUGAUUGGUUUGGCUUUAGCACACCUUUUUUCUAACGUUUGCUGCAAACAUUACGCACAAUCACAACUUUACCAAGUUUGUUCUAUAUUAUUCUGUAUCACCUCUGCCUUUAAGAGUAAAUCAAAGGGUAGUUGCUGUUUCUAACGUCAGAUAUAAUCUGGGUCGGUUCCAUCUUAUGAGAAAGUCUUAUAUGAUACAAGUGUGUUAACAUAUUAAUAUUUACAAUAGCUGACUCUAACUGCUGUCCAGUACUAAUAUCAAAUAUUGUGUGUUCAUAUGUUGGAAAUCACAUUUUACCACUAGUUUCAGAAAAGUACAAAGUAUAUAAGAUGGACCAACAUUGCUAUAAAGUUCUUAGGAAUUGAAUAUAUGUAACAUUUAUGACUAUGCUGUAUGUACCACUAAGGCAGUGACAAUAUGGUAGUGAAAGCUGUGCAGUUUUGAUUACAAUCUUUAAAAAUAGAUGAAAAAAGAAGUGGUUUUAUGGUCUGUGAACAAUAUUACUAAAAUAAGGGAAGCUCUUAUUUUUUGGAGUAACUCUCUCUUUCUCUUUGUUAUAUAUCUAUAUAUUUUUCCAUUUGACCCGUAACAUUGUGAAGUUAUUAUUAUGUUGUGAAAGAAUGCUGUUAUAUUUUGCAGAGUAGAUGUGAGGUCUAUUCAAUAUUUUGCCUUAUUGUUAUAAUGUCCAUUAGUUUGAUUCCUUUCAUUAUUGUUGUUAAAGGACCGUAGUGCUCGUUUACUAUAGUGAUACUGCUAUGAAUGUGAUUUAGUCCAAGUGAGAAAUAAAUGCAACUGCAAUGCAACUGAAAACGUG